AAGUUGUUUAUAUAUAGCGUGAGAGGAGGAGCAGCCUUGUGGAGCAGCAGCCUCCCCCCACCACACGACUGAAAAAUGGAACAAGUCAUCUAAGCUUGACUGUGAAGUGGAACAAGUUACUGAGGCUUAACUGAGAAAUUGAGCAAGUUAUCCAAAUUGACUGGGUACUAGAGCAAGAUAUCCAAGCUUGCUGAGAAAUGGAACAAGUUAUCCAAGAUUGACAGAGAAAUGGAACAAGUUAUCCAAGAUUGAUAGAGAAGUGGAGCAAGUUAUCUAAAAGUUUAACUGAAAAGUGGAGUAGGUCAUCCCAAGAACAUGGGCAAGUUGAAGGUGGAGUCAUUCAUCUUGAUAUAUCAAAAAGGAUGACAUGGAGCUUGCUGAGAACUACUACUGAGCAAUUCCUUCAUUAGUCUUGAGGCUAAGCAUACAUCAUCCGUUCAAGUCGUAUGUGAAUCUUACAAACUUUCCUGGGAGAUCCUGAGAGCCAAGGAUGAAUCCCAUACUAUUGAAGUACUAGAAGAUCGUUUCUACGUUUUGGAAGAUCCUGAGAGCCAAGGAUAAAUUCCAAAUACUUCUAGUAUUAGAAUUUUUGUUUUUUUCAUUGUCGAAAAGAACUAAUGCACAUUAUUGUUUAGAGUGGCAAUGUUGCUAUUUCAGAAAGAACCUGAGUGCAAAUGGUCAAUCCUCUUGCAUUCUAGACUGACUUGGUAAUCUCUCAACCCUGCUGUGAGAUAUUCUUAUUGUUUGGAUAACAUUGUAAUAGAGACUGGUAAGUUACAAUGCCUAUGGAGUUAUUGUAAAGUUAAUAUUGUCUGUAAUGUUGCAUGGGUAUUUAUAAAAUAUAUGCUUAAGUUUCUAUUCUACUUUUUAUUCAUGCUAAUAAUAUUAUAACAAGAAGUAAUAUAUAUAUAUACUGUUAAAAAUGGAGUCUGAUACCUUAGACAUGAUGCACAGGACGGUGCCAGAGAGCUUGCAGAAUGAGGUAUCAUGUGUAAUUGAAUCUGCCAGAGUGAAAGAAGAAGAAAAACUUAAACAAGAGAGCUCUAGAUUUGCUAGACAAGACAAAUGUUAUGGAAAUCAUGUGGGCCAGAAUCAGAAUCAUGAGAGUGAUCGUUUGUUGGAAUCCAAACAUCAAGCAGAAAAGACUGCCAUGCGCAUUGCUAUUGCUGUAUUAAUUACCCAAGUAUGGUCACCAAAGAUGCGUAAGCAUGUAGAGAAUUUGAUACUGAACAAAGCCAUACAAGAAAAUUACCUGGAGAGUAAACUUAAGAAAUUUGUGUGCAUCCUUGAUGAUAAAGAUGGAUUUAAGGAGAAUGACUGGGUAAUUGAAGACCAAGAUGAUAUCAUCAUCGAUAUGAUUUGGAACAGAUUUAAUAUGAAAGAACAUUUUCAUCAUGUAAGAACUCAUCGUUUAUGGGUUCAGCGCAGUUAUGACAAACUAAAAGAUUACAUGCCUGCACUUUGUCUGGAAAUUAUUGAGCGGCACGAUCUUACUAAGUUUGCCUUCAGUCAAGCUGUUGGUUACACACUUAAAUUUGUACACAACACUUACCAUGAUAUUUGGAGGUCAGCUUGUGACUUUCAUCUACACAAUGAACCUCAUCAUCCUCAAACUUGGUCAAAAAUAUAUACACCUGAAGAAAAAUACCAGAAACUGGAGCUUUGGAUUAGAUGUACAGAUGAGAUCCAAAAUGGAUUUGCAUAUGGGAUAAAUCUGACACCUAAUGACUUAAUUUCUGAAAACUUUCCAGAAGUUUUCUUACUCGAGAGCUUUUUGGAUAUGGUAGCUAUUGAAUGGGAGAGAAAGAAAGGACAACGACUAGAUAUUACCACCACAGACCUUGUAUACAUGGAGGACCGGUUUCUGAGGAGAUAUACCAUGUCGCAACAUUUUAUCAUAAAUGAAUUAAUAAAUAAAGUAAAGGGCUUAGAUGAUUCAUGGAAAGAUGUAAAGUUGACGGAAAGAGAACAAAAUCUUCUGUCCUUAGUAUGCGAACAAGACAAACCAUGUUUUGUGUCUAAAUUAGUGUCCCAGAAAAAGAUUGAAUUGGCUCGAUUACUACAGCAUGCAAGAGCAUCAGGAAACAGCUUUACAGGUGGUGGUGAUUCUGAUCAAGAAAAAGUUGAUGACGAAAUUCAGAAGCGAGCAAAUGAUCAGGCAUAUUUCAUUAUGGUAGCAACAGUAGUUAUGGAAUUUUGGAACAACAAAUUCAGAAAAAAUGUUGAAGAACUUAUUCUUCAAAAAGCCAUUGAAGAACAGUUCAUUAAAGAGAGUCAUUUGCAGUGGAUAUUUGUAAUUGAAAAUAGGGAAAAGCCUAUGGAAGAGGAAAGUGGAGAAGAAAUGGAAAACAUUCCAGUGGUUGAAGUCGAUCUUGUUAAAAUGAUUUGGGAGGAGUUUAAUGUUCGAGAACAUUUUUCCCAGAUGAAAGAUCAUCGCAACUGGGUCAUGCAGAGUUACCACCGGCUUUCAAAGUAUAUGCCUGAAGUGCCCAAAGAAGUAAUAGAACGUCAUGACCUAUCCAAAUUUGCAUUCUCUCAAGCAAUUGGCUAUACUCUCAAGUGGGUUCAUAAUAUCCAAAAUCCUAUUUGGAAAAAAGCUUGUGAAUUUCACCUCCAUGGAGAACCACACCACCCUGAAAUGUGGUCUCAUGUUCAUUAUCCUGGGUACAAAAAAUCAUGUCUUGAAUCUUGGCUUUGUCUUCAAGGUGGAGGCUCCAGGUAUGGUGUAGAUGUGUCUUCACUCAAUUUAAAAUCAGAAAAUAUGGCAAAAGUGUUCCUGCUUGAGAGUUUUUUGGAUAUGGUAGGCAUAGAAUGGGAGAGAAAGAAGGAGGGUCGACUAGACUUGACGAACACACAACUCAUUCAGAUGGAAAAUAAGUAUCUGUUUCGAUAUUGUAAGAGUGAUAGAGAAAUAAUGAUGAAGCUUAUGACGGUGAUACGUGAAGAUGACAGAAAGUUUCAGUGAUUCAAUGCUUGGAAACUCAUAGGAGUGUUGUGCAUUACUCAAGAAGUUAGAUGAUGAUUACUUUGUUAUUUGACACUUGCUUUUUUCUUAAUUUUAAGAGAUUUCAUGUUCAAAACAAUUUAUUUGUUAAUUUCAAAUGAGUUGCAUAUACUGGUCAUAUAUAUAUAUAUAUAUAG